AUGGCGAUGAACUACGCGGGGCAGGCGCAGGGGCAGCUCAAUCGGUACACCGGCUCCACGCUCGCCACGCUCCGCUACUACUUUGCCGUCAACCAGCUCUACGUCUUGCGCAAGUUGCGCGUCAUCGCGCUGCCGUUUCGUCACAAGGAGUGGGACCGGAGGCUCGGAGAGGACGGCGCGCCGCUCCCGCCCAAGGCGGACGUCAACGCGCCCGACCUCUACCUGCCGCUCAUGGCGUACGUCACGUACAUCCUCGCCUACGGCUUCACGCUCGGCGCCGAGGGCAAGUUCACCUCGCCGGAUGUGCUCGGCGCAGCUGGCUCCUCGGGGCUGGGCGUGCUCGUCCUCGAGACGGCGAUGCUCAAGUUCGGCCUCUACCUGCGCGGCGCCGCGGUGCCGGUGCUCGACUCGGUCGCGCUGAGCGGGUACAAGUUCCUCGGCGCCGUCGUCACACUCGCCGCCUCGCGCUUGUGCGGCUCGUACGGCCACUGGAGCGCGCUGCUCAUCUGCACCCUCCUGCUUGGCACCUUUGUCGUCAAGAUGCUGCGAGCCUUUGCUCGGCCCGCCGGCUUCACGCCCGGCUUCCUCACCCAGGGGGGACGAACUGCGAGGCAAGACUAUCUGCUCUGGGGGGUGGGCGCGCUCCAGUUCCCGUGGCUCUGGUACCUCUGCCGCAUCCCCUCGAGCCAGCCCUAG